CAUGAGAUGUGAGAGAUGAUGGUGCCUAAUACACGAUUCAUGUUUGGCUUGAUAAGCCUUCAUCUGAUGAUGGGUAAUUGCACUAGUGGUAACGAGAUGUGUAAGGCCUCCAUUGGUGGUCGUAGAGGGGCGUGUCCUCCCACUUGGAACCAGUGGGGACGCAAAUGCUACAAAGCCAUCACUGAGCGCCUGACAUGGUCUGAGGCAAAAGAUGAGUGCAUCAAGAUGGGAAGUGUCUUGGUUGUGCCACAGUCUGAGGAGGAAACUGAUUUCCUGCUCCAGCUACAGCAAUCCAACUUUUGGAUAAACUGCAAUGAUCUCCAGGACGAAGGUACUUGGAAGUGUGAGAAUGAUGAGGUUGAGUUCAGGAAUUGGUCGACUGGUCCACAGUAUCCACAACCUGAUAACUGGGAUGGUGAGCACUGUGCCGAGGUGUGGGUAGAUCAAGAAGGGAAAUGGAAUGAUGUGCGAUGUGAUAGUCAACUCCCUGCAAUAUGCAACCAACCUGCACCACAGCUGCACUUUUAAUCAGCAAAAAGUAAUUAUAGACUGGCAAUCA